UUCUUCAGUGAUAGCAAAUUUGCAUUUGUUCGCCAUUUUGAUGAAAGCGUUGCAACAGAUUCGGACAGAAAAUUUUAUUUUGCAUACGAAAUCCGGUAUAAAAUGAAUGCAAAUCAGGUUGAAAUAAGUGUUGACGACUACAUGGCUGACCCGCAAUUCAUUAUCGAAACUGAAAAAAAUCCGGAACUACACAAACUUAUAGUUGAUGAGUGGGAAUUGGAUCCAGCCAUUUAUGCUAUUUUAGUUGGACAUGGAAUUACGGUAGAAUAUUUAAAACUAUCGGACGAAAGAGCACUCGAAGAUGUUUUUUCGGUUGCCAAAUGGACAGGGCAUAAGCAUGCUCUACGUAAAAAGCUAAUUCAAUGGGAAGAAAGCGCACUAUGUCCACAAUUUCCGUCCAAUACAGAAAUGCCUAUGGAUGUGGAAAGCUGUGUGUUACCCGGAGUAUCAGAACACAAGCUACUAUCAACUAGUGUGACAAUUCAUUUGCUCGAAGAUAUUUUGAAUCGUAAUGAAAAGGGCAAAAUAAUAACCGAACAUUACCAAAUGCACAACAAAUUGGAUUCUGAACAACGAAGAUCUUUGGCUCAUACUAUCGUCGAUUAUUACAUUGCUCGUCGCCGCAAUUUUCCGCUACCAGACAUGGCACGAUUCGCCCAGCUCAUCUCUGAACGUUUUCCUCCGGAAAUCCCGGAAAUCUACUAUAAUCCACGAGACUAUAAGGCGAACAAAAAAAACCCAUCGGGUUUAAUUUAUGAUCGUUUCCACAAUAGACACAAAAAGACUUUGGUUAAGAACAAGCGUGUAAACGUCUUGCAAAAUUUGCAUUCCAAAGCAUUGGAACUUUCGGCUGCAGAGGUUGAAAGACUGACGGCUUUCAGAAACUGGAUGCGUAAUAAUUCAGAACCCGGCGAAAAAGUUUUUCAACAGUGGAAAGAGUGCUUUUUGCUGCGUCUUAGGAGUAUUCUAAAAGACGAAGAUGUAAAUAAGCAAAAUACCAUUCAAGAAUGGCCAAGAUUAUGUGAUAAAAAUGGAUACUUAUUGGUUGAUUGCGAUUUUGACAUCCUACACGAGGGAAUAAACAAAACAAAAAAUCUGUUUGAAAAUUGGGAGCAGUUCGCAGUUCACUUUAUAAAGUACAUUCAGAUAAGCAACAUAAAAGACCAUUUCUCUCUAGAGCUUGUGAUGUUAUUGGAUGACCCAAAUUUACCUCUAGACUCCCGUGACUACAUUAUUUGCACUGUUUUCCAUGCUAUUCUAAAGCCGGUUAGGGCAUCGAAUAAAAAACUACCAACGAUUCUUCAGGCGCAAAUUGACGUAUGCCGUAUAUUUGAUACUCAACAGGAGUACAAAAAGGCGCUCUGUGAUUUGCGAGAAGAGUUUACUUCUAAUAACCAAUCAUUGUCACCUAGAAUUUGUGUUAUUGGAAAACCUAAUAGUUUCGAAUCAUAUUUCGUCGUUACGAAAUCGCUGGAGUAUCAGCUCCCUUCUUUUCUACGUUGCCUGGAUGUUGUUCUAAAGCUCAAAACUAUCCUUGGUUUUGAGUAUCCUGAAAGCUGUGAAAUUUUCUGGUGUUUCAUCAGUCGAUUUUUUUACAAUAUUGACUACAUGCGAAAAUCGAAGAACACUCAGUUGUUACAGUUAUUAGCAUAUUUGAGAGAGCACCAUAAUGAACUGCCAACUGUGCAAGGAACCGUAUGAUAACUUUCAAUAUCUUCUCGAUCAUUUAACUCUGCUACAUGGAACACCAUCAACCUUCAAGUAUAAA